AUGCCUUCUGUGGACGCUGUGGCCGGUUUCGGCGGCAUCGUCACUACAGACAACUCCGGAGCCCUUGGCCCAACCGCUUCGAACACAGAUAGAACCACCACGGAAGCCUCAGGGUUUCGUGGGCAGCUUGACGACGCUCCUGCGGACCUCUCAGAUGCCGCGUUGGUCUACGAGACCGGCCGCCUGAGCUACGAAUCCGAUUACGAUGAGGUCUUCCAGGUGGCCAUCAUUGGAGCAGGGGUCUCCGGACUACAAGCGCUGCGGGCGGUCCGACGCGCCGGCCUCGACGCAGUAGUCUUGGAGUCGCGCCCCGACGGCCCGUGGAAACUCUGUGAGUUGCCGGAGCUGCCCUGGCCGUCAAAGCUGCGGCCCAUGGGUGACACCGCUACGGCGCAGGACAUGCUGCGCUAUAUCCGUACGUAUUCUGACGUCAUGCGGCUCCGGCCAUACGUGCGGUGCGGUUCCACCGUCACCUCAAUGGAGCAACUGCACGACGGCUCCUGGGUGGUGCAGUACACGGAAAACAACACGUCCGCGUCGGAAGGCUCUCGGGCAGGCGCGCAGGGGGAAGCUGUAGCAACAGCAGCGGCUGCAGUCAAGGGGGGACGCGCGCAGCUGAUCGCUAGCUUCGUCAUCGUGGCCACAGGCAUGUACGGCACGCCGUACAUACCUAACAUCCCGGGUAGGGAGGCCUUUUCAGGUCGCCAGCUGCACGCGGGGAGUCUCCGCGGGUCUGCCCUACCCAGGCGGUUUCGGAGCAGUGACUGCAGCGGCACCGUCGGCAACAACAGUACGCACGGCGGGAGGACCAAUGGCGGUGGCAGCGGCGCGGUUGCACGGUUUGAGGGCCUCCGCAUUGCCGUACUUGGUUGCAGCAGAGAGCCGGCGGAGCUGGCUGGGUUGCGGGCCGUGGCGGCGGUUGCGGAUGCCGUGACCAUGGUGGCGGAAAGGGUCCGCUGGCCGCUGCCGCCACUGGUGACGUGCUUGGGAGAGCGGCAGCUGCUGCACAGCCGGGUUACCAGCAGCAGCUGCUGCAUACCGCCCUUCCACACGGCGAGCUCUGCGGAUCGCUGGGUGCACAAGGUCUUCUGGAGCUGCAUCAAGGCGGGCGUCAGUCGCGAAGUGGACAUGCCGCUCGGGGGGCCCAAGAGCCUGUACGACGAUCUCCAGUGUGGCGGCCAGGUGUCGGAUCCCGUCACGCCGCGGCUCAUGCGCGACCCACGAGUCAGCUGGGUGGGAGGUCGCGUCGCUGCACUGGACGCCGAGGGUGUCGUACUGUCCGACGGCCGUCACGUGGCUGCUGACGUCAUCCUGUACUGCACCGGCUACGUGCAGCGGUAUAGGUUCCUGCCGUCCACCAUACUCCAGGCGCUCACUACUCCACCACCUGCGGCUGCCGUAGUUGCCACCGCUGACACCUCCAACGUCCACGGCGGCUGUCACUUUCCGUCAGCCAUUCCACAGCGCACACCCGAAUGCGCACGGCCGCAACCCCAGCAACAUAUUAAUCAGCAUCAAGGUGGGCUUCGCGCACGCGGCGACGGCGGCGACGGCGACGGCGCGCCGUUGGAAGUGAUAGGCAGCGGCGAAGUGGCCCUGUACCGCAACAUGGUGCAUUGCGGCGUUCGGAACCUGGCCUUCGUCGGCUGUGAGGUGAUCACCACCAACCGAGUCCUCACGGCCGCGCUGCAGGCCGAGUGGCUGGCACGGCUGCUAUGCGGUCGGCUGCUCCUUCCGUCCGCGCGGCAGAUGGCAAAGGUCAUGCUAUGCGCGCGGGAAUGGGCGCAGCGCGAGGCGGCGGCGGCGGCAGCCAGGCGGCGCCGAGGCACGGGGGGGUCAGCUGUCAAAGCUGCGACGGCUGUAGAGGACCGGGAGCCGUUGCAAUCCGUGGGAAGUGCAGCAGCGCCGGGCCGUGAAGCGAGGACGGCAAAGGAGAAGGUGAAGGUGGCGAAUAACAAGAAGACGGCAGGGCUCGGCGGACAUUCACUGAUCAACCGCCUCCGCGCCGGGAAGAGUUCGCUCCUGUCGGCCACGUUCGGGCUCUUCACCAGUGCUCUAGUCACUAGCUCAGCAGCCUUAGCGGCAUCUGCAAGCGGCCGCGGUGGCGUCAACACCGUACGGGUCGGCGACAGGGACAAGAGGAACGAUGAAAAGGCAAGUGGUGUCAAAGACCGUUCGGAGACAGCCGACACCGCCGCCGCCGCCGCCGCCGCUGCCGCCACGCCGCCGCUGGAGGCCCCUCUGCGCCCCUUCGCGCAGCUGGGGCUGCACACGCAGGCCUACCAUGACUGCUUGAUGCACGACCUGGGGGUAAACCCCUAUCGCAAGGGUUGCUUCUGCCUUGCGGAGCUGUUCUAUUCCUACACGGCCCGAGACUACGCGGGGGUUGUUAUGGAGGACCUGAUGCCGCAGAUACCCAGGCCGGCAGCCGCAGACGGCGCCCAGGCGGCCUGCAGGGGCCCCGGAUGCGGGGCAGAAGGAGGAGGAGAGAGAGAAGCAGAGGGAGAGGGAGGAGAGGGUCGCCGGUGUGCCUUAACGUGUUUGGAUUCUGGAUCCGCGGGGUUCAUGGUUUACACGAUCGCAGCUAAUCCAAAGAAGUUGGAACGGCCCCUGGGCAGCCCCUCCAGCAACUGGAAUGACACCCAACUAAUGAGGGCGACCCAGUCUGCCGCUGACGCCGCAGCUGUCGUACCCCGUCCCUCUCCCGCUGUUACCCCCGCCAGCCGCAGCGGAGCAGCUGACGAGCAUCCACCUUCGCCGCCUUCGUCACAGCCAUUGCAGCUGUCAGCGCCAGCUCUGCCGCCGCCAUGGAUCAGACGACCCAUGGGUCGCGGUGACCCUGGCGGUGAUGGUGGUAUUCGAGGUGACGGUCCUGACCUUGCUGUCGCUGGUUCGGGUGAUGAAGGUGGCGGCCUUGAUUUUGGCGAACGGAUCUGGUUGUCGUCGAAGCUGGGGGUAGGGCUGGGUGGGCCAGAGGCUGCUGAUGUAAAGAUGGCGGUACGACACCAAAACGCCAACAUUGCAUCACAAGCCGUCAAGGCAGGCACGCGGACGGGGACGGAGAUGGCGGCAGCGGUGCCGUACUCUGUUGGUGGUCCCGCGUCGUGUGGCAAUGGUGUCGCUGAGGCGCCGGCGGCGAUGCCGCUGGGAGUUACCGCGGCCGCUGCAGCACCCCUGAUCAGCAGCGGCGCCACUAGGCUCCCUUACGAGUUAUCGCCUUUCACAGCCGUGUCAUUGACCACCUUGCCCACCAUCACUCCCUCCCACGUCGCCAACAUCGACGCCGCCGCCGCCGCCACCGCCAAGUCCAACACAGAUAUGCAACCCCAGAUCCAGAUGAGUGGCAUUCAGACGGCCUGUGGUGUAUCAGGAUCCGUCGCUUACUGCAGCUCGCUGUCGCCGCUGUCGCCGUCCCACAGUGCCGACGGCGAUGAGGGCGGUGUCCGUACGACCAUCGCAGCCACGGCGGAGCUUGUCGCCAGCGGCCUGGCGCACCCCGAACCAGGGGUUAGUGUGUUGGACAAAUCAGCGUACGCCGUAAGCGAUGGCGGCAGCAGCGGAGGAGCAGGAGCGGCGACCUUCAUAGAGCAGGCAGCAGUGCAUCGCACGCGGCAGAGGCGUCGGCGCCGCCGCAACCGCACCCAGCUCCGCCACAGCGGCAGGGUUAUCACCGCCUGGCGCGGCAACCACCUCUCCUCCUCCUUCGUGGCGCAUCCCGUGACGUGGAGGACUCACACCGAGUCCCCAGGUCUGAAGCGGCUCUGCAGGCUGACCUCGGCAGCGAGCUAUUGCCGGCACCCUCUGUACCUCAGAGCCCGCUUCUAUACGGCAGGAGAGGUGGCGGUUCCGGAGCCGCCUCGCCGGCUACAGGCGAUGGUGUUGUGGGUUUCUAUGAGUCAGGCCAGGAGGGGGGAGCAGUGA